AUGAGGACUGCAGGGCAGACCUUGAGCCCCGACUCCCGGCCAGAGACGCGACAUCAGACCAGAAAGAAUGAAGAGGCCGCUCCGAGCUCGCCGCAGCCCGGGGCAGGGAGGGAGGGCUACAAGAGGUGUCCCCCCUCCAUCCUGAGGCAGAGCCGGCCGGAGCGCCGCAGCCGCGGGGCCGAGCCACAGAAGACCGCCAGGCACGUGCGGUUCCGGGAGCCCCCGGAGGUGGCCGUCCACUACAUCGCCAGCAGGGAGUCCACCACGGCCACCAAGGCGCUCGGCCGGCCCAGGUCCCGCGGCGGCUCCCUGCUCCUGCGGCUGUCCGUGUGUCUCCUCCUGGUGCUCGUGCUGGGUCUGUACUGCGGCCGGGCCGAGCGGGUGACACUGGCCCUCGAGGACCUCCGGGCCCGGCUCCUCGCGCUUGCCCUGCGCCUGAGGCACACGGCCGUCACCUGCUGGCACGGCCUGCUGCAGCUGUGA